AUGACCGGUCCCGCUGUUGACGCUAUUCCCAACGCUGCACUCUUCACGCACAGCAUCACGCAGGACUCCACCAUGGAUGCCGCCGAUGAUCGAGAUGUGAAGCUCCAACGAGCCUCUGGGGAUUUGGUGACUGAGUUUUCUGCAAAGCUGCCAUUGCUGUUGUGGAGAUCCCAUAAUGGGACUCCCCUCCGUACCCCACGCAAAUGGGCGCAGGUCACCAAGACAGAGAAGCUCGUCAGCCUUCUUGAACCUUUCCAAGAGUGGCCUCAGCUGUUGGAUCCACAUUUGCAAAAAGUGCUCCCUCCUUUAGUGGACGCCUUUCUUGCAUACCUGCUCAAGCAUCGCACCCAGUAUGGCUCGGUCCCACCCAAGUCCUCCCAAGGAGGAGAAGUUUAUUCUCUGCCAAGAGCUAUCUGCAGGUUGCUGUACACUUUUUGCAAAGUCCGCGGCGUCAAGGUCAUCAGCAGGUUCUUAAACAAUGAGCCGAAAUAUCUUGAUUCGAUGCUGAGAGCUUUCAUCGAAUGGGAUGCGGUCCGGUCGUCCGAUCCCGGGGAUUCGGUAGAAUCUGAGCACCAGCGACUGAUUUGGGAAGAACGCUAUGUGAUGCUGGUGUGGCUUUCACAUCUUUUGCUUGCUCCAUUCGACUUGUCCUCGUUAUCAUCAGAUAAUAUCCCAGUGCCCUAUGACAACUUGCAAGGGUUGGAUUGGCUAUCGUCUGACACUCCUAUGCUUGCGAGAUCAAUACUUUCCUUGUCGUUGCAUUACGUCGGUGCACCGGGCAAAGAACGAGAGGCAGCGACUGCGCUCCUGGCGCGAUUGGCUUUGCGCGGAGAUAUGCAAGCUCUCGGCAUGCUCAAAGGUCUGAUGCAAUGGGCUUUCGCUAUUUUUCAGCCGGCAGGGAACGUUGAAUCGCCCUCUGUCUAUGCUUGCAUUGGGGUCCUCACAUUCAUUGCUCGCUUGAGUGCAUCGGGUCAAGUAGAGGACUUUGCCUCCUCGAUCAGUGAUGUCCUCCACGAAACUAUCAAGGUAUGCGAAGGGCAGUCUUCGGUGUCUGCUACAAUUCAGUCAUCUGCGUUGGCCAGAAAGAUAGCUAUCAAGAUCCUUCGCAACAUCACAGUCAUGUCCUUAUCUGUGAACGAACGAGGGGACGGUCGCAUCACGGAUGACCAGUUAUCGACCAUCUUGGAAGAUGCCAUAGAUCAUUUCUUGGUCUCCCUGGCCGACAAAGAUACACCCGUGCGAUUUGCGGCUAGCAAAGCGCUCAGCAUCAUCACUUUGAAGUUGCACCCAGAAAUGGCGACUGAGGUCAUUGAGGCGGUCAUUGACUCAUUGGGAGAGAAUAUCCUCUUCGAAAAAGAGGAUGGCUCUCUCAUAACGCCCUCUCAGGCAAGAAGGAUCGGUACACACUCUCUCAAGCGAAAUCUCAGUGCCGUUGAUGCCCAGCGAUGGCAAGGGCUGAUUCUGACACUGUCCCAUUUGCUGUUCCGCCGGGCACCCCCUAUCCGCCAACUGCAUGAGAUUCUCCAGUCACUUGUAUCUGGUCUGGGCUUCGAGCAAAGAUCUUCUACUGGUAGUUCUGUAGGAACUGGUGUGCGGGAUGCGGCAUGCUUCGGUAUCUGGGCCAUGUCUCGAAAGUAUACAACACCAGAACUCCUGGCACUACAAUCCCAGGUCAUAGCAUCGCCAACUGGUCAGCGAGAGGUCGACGUCCUGCAGAAGCUGGCCGUGGAACUUGUCUGUGCAGCCUGUAUCGAUCCCUCUGGCAACAUCCGACGCGGGUCUUCUGCUGCUUUGCAGGAGUUGAUUGGUCGCCACCCAAAUACCAUUGCGCAGGGUAUUCCUCUCGUGCAGGUUGUGGAUUAUCAUGCGGUUGCUCGGCGUUCUCGUGCACUGAUUGAUGUCGCUAAAGCUACGGCCUCGCUGGAUCAGAUAUACUGGAGUCCGCUUCUGAGCGCUUUGAUGGGUUGGAGGGGUAUUGGUUCUCUAGAUGCCGAGUCUAGAAGACAUGCGGCUAAAUCUAUUGGGAUCUUGAGCACGCAGGAAUUAUCAAAGACCAUGAAGCUGGUUUUGGAUCUCUUGCUGCAAAUGUUCUCUCAUAUAUCUCGGAAUGAUGUGGAAUCACGACAUGGCUGUCUGUUGGCCAUUGCUGCUACAGUUGAUGCUUUUACUUCUCAGUGGGAAGAAUCAGCAGACACAAGAGAUACCCCAGAAGCCAGAGCUGUCGUUUCUCAGGUUGCCAGCAUCUGGGAGAUUUUCGGUUCUCCAUCAGCUCCUAGCGAUGAUGACCUGACCUUCCAGACUUCACGCCCGGAAUUGACGGCAGAGGCAUCGUCCUGUUUGAUCUCCUCACUAUCUCGGUCUACUGUCACGACAGGAUUGUCCCAACCUGCGGAAGCAUCGCUGAACCGAGCACUGCAGAUACUGUCUCUUUGUGUUUCUAGAAGCGAUGAUAUUUCUAUUGAAACGUCCUCAACGGCCUUAUGGCAGCUAUUUCCCCUGCUAUCGUCAUCGAAACAGGAGGAAAUGGUGCGCACAUGGUUCUCUCAUCUUCGCGCAUCAUGGAGAUUGCCGACAGGUCGUGGUCAAAUUGUUGCACUUGGAACGGUAUUCGAGCGACUUGGGGCACAAAGCGACCUCCAAGAUGAUAUAGUGACUGAAAUCCUCCGUUAUACAGGGAAGGAAGAGCUUAUCGAGAAACGAGUUGCUGCUGUGAAAUGCUUGGCUACCAAUGUCUUGCCGCACAUGGCUACUACUGAUAAAGUCGCGAGUAACUUCCUCGACUUCCUGAAUGACUACACCACCGACAGACGAGGCGAUGUUGGAUCCCUCAUCCGAGUUGAGGCGAUCCAAGCAGUCGGCGUCUUGCUGCACCGAGAAGCAAGUUCAACGCCACGCUCUUCGCUCAUUCAAGAUUUAGUCGGGUGUCUUUGCCGUCUUGCAUGCGAAAAGCUUGACAAGGUUAGGUUACAAGCAUGGAUUUCUCUACAGGGCUUCUGGGAAGCAUCACGGGAUCUGCCUCCACUUGAAAGAAAAUUCGAGCACUUCAGUCAUGUUUCCUCACAGGAGUAUUUUGCUCAGCUGCUCACCCUGCAGAACGUGGACUGGCUUCGUCUUCCCUUAUUACAAGGUCUUGCUACAUCCGCUAUCUCGGGAGCUGAGGGUCUCGUCCGAGCAUGUCGAUCAGCCCUAAUCCAGUUCCUUAACUCUCAAGACCAAUCCCAACGUCAGGAGAUAUUGAUGAUCUUUUUGCAAGACCUUGCUACCAUACUAGGUGAUAAUCUUCAAGAUGACCGGUUUGCCAUUCCCGCCGUUGAGCUCGUUGCGUUCAUAAUUGACAGCUAUGUCGCUGUCAUUCCCGACGGCUCGGAUGCAAGUUUCCGGAAACUGUUUACGCUAGUUCAAAAGGCACAUUUUAGAUCGGCAAAUAUCGCUCGAUUGGAAGCUGCAGUCAAAGUUUAUGCUGCAUUGGCGAGAAUUGACACGCUGCGGGAAGGUGUUUUGAAGAAGCUGACUGGGCUGCUUUUGCAUCCUUUCCCAAGGGUUCGAUCAAGUGCUGCAGAGUAUCUGUUUGUAUUGACAGACUCUAAGAUUGCCAAGUACGAAGAUUGGUCCGCGCCGGCUAAGCAACUGAAGCCCCAGGUGGAUAGUAUAAAAGCUGCUCUUUCUCUGGAGAGCUAG